GUGACGUUGAAUAUCUCCGUUUCCAUGGAAACCGAUUUGAAUUUUACCAAUUUCUUUUAUAUUCGUUAAAUGUUUGCAGAAUUUUUUUUUAUUAUUUUUGUGUAUUAUAACGCAUAUUAUGGAAGAAUUAGUGAAUUCUGAUGUCCGAAUUGUUCUGAACAUAAAGGAAGGUAAAGGUUUUGACCAAAUUUUACUACCCACAUUGGUGGUUGCAACUUUAAAUGGGCAUUCGUUAGAAACUGAAGCUAUAGAACCAAGUCCAAAUCCUCAAUAUGAUCAUGCCUUGGUUUGGGAAAUAAAUAAGAAUAGACUAAGAAAAAUGAGGUCAGGGCAGGUUCCGUUAAAAUUAGAAUGUUUUGCUUCAAAGAGCAACGAUGGUAAAGAGAAACUGGGAUAUCUUUUGCUUAGUCUAAGAUCUGCACAAGUUUUUCCUAAAAAUGAAGAUGUUAAUGUAAAGUCUCAUUGGCAUAAAUUAUUAGGAUUGAAAAGUGAUCUCAAAAUACAUAAACCUGAACUACUUCUCAGUCUGAGUAUACAUGACCAAGAAUCUACAAUAUUAAAUACUCGGUCAGAGUUAAAAAAUUCUGAAGAAUUUGAACAAACAGAUUAUGAACCUAAUAAACUAACUCCAAUUUUGCUUCGUGAUGAACGUCUUAUACAAUUGGGCCCCUUAGAUAGCUGUCAUGAAUUAUUCUUGAUGAAUAUCAUAGCCAUAUCUGCAACAAAUAUAGAUUUAUUGUUACCAACAGAAUAUUGUACAGACAUGAAAGAUAAUUCAUAUUUCUGGUGUAAAAUAUUAGAAAAUGAUGUAUAUUUUAAUCAGACUAAAAAAGAACAUGGAGAGCUUUGGGUGCUUAAUGAAAAAAUUGUAAUAAGGAUCAGGAGUUCUUUAAAAGUUUUGAAAUCAUAUUUACAAGCAAAGCCAUUUUUGUUCGUAUAUUUGAAAUGUAAAGAUAAUGUAAUAGGUCAGUCAGAAGUUAAUUUACAACCACUAGUUCCUACCGAUGAUAUUCAAGAAUUUCUAAAAAUUACAAGUAAUAACAAUACUUUGAAUCAACGGUGUUAUUUAUACAAAAAAGACCUUAUUGAAAAUGAUGAAAUAAAGUUUGGCAAUUCAUAUCUUGACUUACAACUAAAAUUACAAUAUGUAGGAGAUAAAACAGAUAUAGCAAUGGAUGUUCCAAGUAUAGUAUUCAAUGAUAUAGUUGCUCUAAAUUCUACUAACCAACAAAGAUCUGAUUUAAAACAAAUAAAUUAUAAUGAAAUAGAUUACCAUAGAAAUCCUGCUGGUGACUUUGGAAGAUAUACCACUGGAGUUCAAAUGUUCAAUUUUUCAAAUGGAUGCAAUGUUCCAAAUAAACAUUCCUUAAAUUAUGAAAUUGUAAAAGAUCAACCAACUAAAGUCAUAAGUUCACAAUCGGUUGACACACUGCCAUGUCAGUGCAGUGUCAAUGAUUACUCUAAAAAUGUAGAAGCAUAUCAUUGCUAUUGCUUGAAUAUUUUAUUGAUAGCAAUUAAAUCAAUAUCUCCAAGACUAACAGUUCCAAAUAUAGAAAUUCGAUUACAUCAUCCAAAAACUGAAAUCAUGUCUACAUUUUGUCCAAAAAUGCCACUUUUGUUAGGAGAAAAAGUGAAAUUACAAGAUGUAGGGUGUAAAUUACAUUUUAUAUCAGCAACAAAUGAAAUAAAACAUUUAUUGUUAUCUUUUCCACCCAAGAUUAGUAUAUAUAAAAUAGAAGGAAAUAACAAAACAUGUAUAUCUCAGAAUGUAAUUGAUAUAAAACAAUUAUUUCAUCAAAAUAAGUCCGAAUGUCAGUGCGAUAUACCAUUGUAUGACAUGGAACAAAAUAAUAUUGGUAAUUUAGAUAUUAUGUUGAACUUAGAGGAUCAUGGUCCAUAUUACAGAAUUAAGAAAAAAACACCUAGUGAAAAUUUAGGACCACCAAUCUUGGAUGAUAGUUUAGCAUACAAAAUAGUUGAUGAAUUAGAGACAUGGAAAGAACGACAAAAAGAAAUAUUUAAAGUUGAGUUAAAAAGAAAAGAAGAUCGUCAUUUAAAUUUACUAAGCGAAGAAUGGCAAAAACAUCGUGAAAAUUUAGAAGCAAAACUUGCGUGUAGUGUUGAGCAAUGUAAAAUGUUGGCAAACAGUUUAAAUAGUGCUACAGACGACUUAAGAACACGAAGAUUGAAAAGUCUUGAAAAAGAAACUAGAUUAAUUAAAGCAAAUGAGGAUUUGCAAUGGAAAUACGAAACAAAAUUACGAGAACUUAAAGAAUCAUUUCAUACAAUGCAAGAAGAACUUAUGUUAAAGAUUAAUGCUCUUGAAAAAAGAAAGACUGCUUUAGAAACGCAAGUCGAACAAUUAAGUACUGAGAAUGAAAGGUUGCAAUUGUUUGUAACAAAACAAUCGGAAGAGUUAGAAAUUUAUCAGAAGGGAUCCUUGACGCAAGACCAAACAACAAACUUGUUACAAGAAUUAAAAGUACUUGAAAAAAAAUUACAAAAUGCGCUUGAAAGUAAAUCAUUUUUCAAAGAACAAUGGGCAAAAGCAGUUCGUGAAAUACAUCGCAUGAAAACGGAGUAUCAGCAAGCAAUAAAAGUUCAAAUAAAAAAUAGCAAAGAAGAAUUGCAAAACUUGGAUUUAGAACAAAUAUUAUCUGCAGAUUCUACUGCUUUAACAGAUGAUAAAAUUUUGUUAAAUGAAAUUCAGAAGGAAAUCGACGUGAUUAAACCAAAAUCAUCCUUUAUUGAAAAAGAUACUUACUGUCAAGCUUUCAUGCCAACUAAUAUAGGUCCAAAAAUUUCACAAAAUAAUGAUAAAAAUAAGUUCAAAAAAUCAGAGGAAAAUGAUGAACGACUGCAAGCACUUCUUGAAGAACGUGAUUCUCUUUUAAAAACCGGCAGUUACACAAUUGAUGAUGCAAUUAUUAUGAAAUUGAAUACGGAAAUAAGAUCUUUAAUGAUAAAGUAA